AUGGCCUUGACCGAGGCUGAGUUCAACGAGGCCAGGUGGUGUGAUGAGUUCGAUGACCCACAUCUGAGGCAGUGGCUCUUGAGCCAUACCCCUAUCAAAGCCAUUGCUGCAACUCGUAAGCACCACGUUCGGCAGCUGGGCGUGACGUUGUCACAUGGCACCCCUCCAGGCCCAAAAGCACUCCUCAAGCGCCAUGAAAGCGGCUCCCAAGUAUUCACUGUGAUGUGCGAGCCGAACUACAUGCUGCUAUGGGUGCGAACCACCACGAAUAUUGCAGCUUUAGUGGCAGAAGGCAAGUUGACGGUCACCAAGGAUGGUGGCUUUGUCUUGCAGCGCUCUUUCGACCCCUUCCACAUGGACUUCGAAGAGGGUUGGACUGCGGAUUUGCUGCCUAUGACAUUUCUUCCAUACAAGCUGGCAGAUUCUUCCAAGUGCUUUCUCUUCGCCUCGGAUCAGCCCAAGGGAAGCCCGAGUGGCUUUGUGUACUACCUGAGCAUCCCUGACGUCAUCCAGACAAUGAUGGAUUGCGGCGUGAGCAUGGACAAGGAGAUGGUGCUUCGCAAUUUGCUGGACAGCGAAGUGACUGCUGACUUGGCACUCCUUCUCAAGAAGAACCAUUGGUCAGCUGAUGUGACGGCGCCGUUGACCGCUGUGAUCGUGAAAGAUCGCGCGGCUGUUCCAAUGUUUGCUUCUUCGGUUGUCGCUCAGACCUUGGCCUUCUUCGCCUUCAGCCAGCAUGCCAUCCAACAGCAAGAAAAUAAAAGUGUCCCCUUGCUUUUGCUGAUGCUCAGGACAGAUUCAUUGCUUGGUGGAGCAGCUCCUUUCACGAACCCUUUGGGCAGCUUCUGGCUAGCUGAUGUGUCAACCUUGUUUUCCCUCCUCAAGGAUGGCAAGGCAGCUUUGGAAGUAGAGCCGUUUCACAUGAGCGUCAACAAUACCCAAUCGAAGAGGCUCUCACAUUCAGAUGCUCGUGCUGAAACGAAAGCUUUUGGCAUGCAGAAGCGCAAAGCAAUGCUGGAGGAAUGUGUCUCCUUUUUGACACUGGACUUGGAGAGGAAGAAGACCCAGUUGAAGAAGAUCGAGCAGAAGAUGGAGGUCAAGAAGGAACUUCCUUCUAAAUGCGCCGCUGCAAAAGCGAUGCAUAAAACACAUCCGCUGACCAUUUCAGCAGACGUGAAAGAGAAGGAUUUGAGUGGAUACAAGGCACCCUGGGAUGUAGAGACUUGCAAGACUUCGAUCAAAGUGAACGGCCUCUACGAGGCAGCUGGCCUGGCCUUGUGGCUGCGGACAGGUGUGUUUCGAAUUGCAAACACACCCGAAUGGGAGACAGCCUCAGGCGAUGUGUCCGUGGAGACUUUGAAGAAGUUUGCCACUUCUUUCUUCAGCAAGGAUUCCGCGAUGAAGGCUUCAGUGCAACGAGGACAGAAGAAGAGCAGAACAGGACGAGACCGCAUUGUCUGGCCCAUUGAGAUGAUCGUUGUCAGUGAAAGUGGCACAGACUUGGAGAAGGAUGGUGGCUUCGAUUCUUCUUUGAGUCUGGUGGGGUGUCAUUUCGUUCUGUGGGCCUGGUACUAUGCGAUGUUUCAAGCUUUGCAGACAGGGGACAAGGAAUGGGUCGAGCUUCUGUGGGAAUGCGGCUGCACAGUGACGAUACAAGCUCGGCUUUGUACCUCCGAAAAAGAUGUGCCAGUUGCCAGGAUCCAGGCCUCCGAAAAGCUCAAGGCAAUCGGGGAUGCAUCCUUGUCAGACACCUUUCUGACCUUUGCUUUGCUGUGCCGAAAACUUGGCGUUGAGAGUGUUUCGCAAGGAUCGGCAUUGAAACUCAAGUUCAAUGGGUCCAGCUACAACCCCUCCGUGCACAAAGCCGCUGUGCAAGUCAUUGGUGUGAUGGGUCCGACUGGGGCAGGUAUCUUCUUUGAAGCAAUUCAACGCUUGGAGCUGGCUUGGGGCCGAGAAUUGCUCAGCAAUGCCUACAGCAAGUUGGUGAAAUUGAUUUCCAUUGUCAAGGGCGUUUCGCACGUCCAUCGCAAUACCCAGGAGAUAGCUGCCUGGCUUGUGGACAUGCUUCACCUUGCUCUUCUCUGCAAGAGCACCACAGUGGCCAAAGCUACGGACACGUUUCUGGACAAGGACAGGAAGCAUGGAAGUCACGGCUUUUGGCCGGCUUGCUUAGUGUUGUUGCAGGAUAGCAUCUUCAAUCCCAUGAAGUGCUGGGAGACCUUCCUCAAACCCAGCUCUGAAGAUGCUGCCAGGGAUGCUGAGGAUGAAGCCCAUGCAGCUGAUGAUGAUGCAGGGGGCGCUCUUACAAAUCAAUCUGCCCUUGUGCCCGUGAAGGAGAAGUACAACCGUGCCACAGGAUGCCUGCUUGACCUCCUUGUGGAAUUGAUGAGUGGGCAGCAUGGAGAGGACCUGCGUGAAAUCAGCCAAUGCGGAGAGCCUCUUUCAAAGAUGCUGCAGCCUGGGGGCAAAGAAUCUGCAGAAGAAGCAUCGCAGGGCUCCUCCAUAUCCUUGGUGGUUAAGCUUUGUGAGGCAGUCAAAGCUUUUGAUACCAACACCAAAAGUGUUUCUGUGACAGCCACAGCGCCUGCCCCAUCCUUGAUCAACACUUUGAACCAGGGUCAGUCAGUCGAAGAAUUGACAGCAGAACGUGAGCGGGUAUGGAAGCUUGUCCAGAACGAGCGCCGCAAGUACGCAACUUUCAGUGUGCCCAAGACAUGGAAACCAGAAGGCUUGCUGAGCAGCUUCCGAUCAUGUGGCAAAGUUUUUGGGCAUGCUGGGACCCUCAACUCCAGAUUUGCGGCUCAGCGGAUCUGCUCUGCGAGUCAG